UCGUAGCCAUGCAGUCCGCUCUUAUCGGCCCCAAAGCUGGUGUGAAUGAGGAUUUAAAGGAUUUAUCCGGGGCGCUGAUGCUGAGCGACGGAUGGCGUUGUGAAGCUGCAGUGCUUCUAGUUGAGAAGAUUUUGUGUGGUGUCUGUCUAAGCUUUAAGUUUCCCCUGUCUCGGUUAAAAUGUCUGUUUUUAAAGUCCUUGAAGGGAAGAAGGCUUGUUUGAAGGGUUGCUCAAAAAAAAAAGUUACAGCCACGUUUUGGAUAUUAACAGAAUGAUGUGACACAAUCUGCCGGCGGAGCAGUUCUGCGUGAAAUGAAAGAAAUCCAAUUUUGUCUUUCAAAUGUCUCAUUUGAAUGGAAAUCAAACGGCGGCCGUCCCCAUUCCUGGAAAUGCUGCUCAACCUUCACGUCCUCCCUCACCCAGCGGCAACUGACUUGUUUUAAUGCACAUAAAUAGACAUUCUGAGCGUUUUGGAAAAUGGCAAGUAACCAUGACAUGAUUCAUUAGUUCCAUUCAGUCUGCCUUGCUUCUAUUUUUCAUAAUUUUCAUAUUUACUGCACAAUAAGCAGCAGUUGGAUCAUUUCUUCCAAAAAGAGGAUUCUCGCAGUUUAUUGCCAGAUGAUGUUUACUGUCAUCAAAAAGGAUUACACAAGUCUUUAAAUAGGAACGUUCCUGCUAGCUUGAUGCUAACACAUAAUAUAAUAGAAAAUAGAGAAUAUAUAAAAAGUCACAGGCAUGUAUUCUUUGUCCUCUGCAAUAAACAAGGAAUAUUAUUGCACCUCCCGAGAUAGUGAUGACUACAUUUGUCUGUAUUGUGUUAUACUGCCCCCAGUGGCCUGGAUGGGGACACCACAAACUGAUUAGUAAUUCUUUCCGUUUUGUUUAAUCAUUUUUGCAGAGUACAACCUUAUAGAGGGUUGUUUUCCUAUAAAGACAUUGACGGUAUCGCUGUUGUCCUUUUAAUUUGAAUUUAAGAUCCGCUUUCACCUAGCAUAAAUUGUCAACAUGUUUAUUACGACAGCCUGUAAUAGUCCCACAUUGUUAGAAAUUUGCGUAUAUUUUUUCCUCUUCAAUUUGAUUGUGCAACUAAUAAACAAGAGGCUUCCAUGGUUACAUAUUGAGCUUCAAACAGCAAGCAGAACUCAAACAAUCGGUGUCAUUCAUAUGCGAAAGAGCGCUCCUACAAGCACGCCCUCCUCUUAACAUGCUGCAAUUUUAUGCCACUACUUGAGUCCGCUGACAAUAAUGAUAAGUGGCUUCCUCUUGUUGAUUAGCAUGCAAGAGGCUGUCGAGAUGCUUUGUCACGCUCUCGUGUUGAGAGAGAUGAGAACUCGAGCUAACGGGCCGUUUGAAGUAUCCAAAAGAGCUCUAUUAUGAAGACAAACAGCAACGAUGCAGUUCUUUUAUUGAGAUUUGUCUUCUUUCCAUUCUGGAAGCAAACAUGUGCUCACCACCCUGGUGUUGAAAGUUAUCAUCCAGAAAAGAGUGGGUACGGAAACCUCUCCUUGACGAAAAUCGAGGCUAUUUUGAAAGUGUGGGUGUUAGCAAAUGCAUGAGUGUUACCUGUUGUUUCUCAAACUAGGUGAAGAAAUGUCAUGACUUGAAUUUGGCAGGCUGCGUGACCUCACAUUGUCCUCCCGCCAGGCCUCGCGUGGUUAGCAUCGGCAGCUACGUGGCGCGUCCGCAUACAAACUUCCAAAUUACCACCUAUGAAAUAUUAACCGCUCGCCUUGGCGGAAUAAAAAACUCUUGUGUCACCUCUCUGGAGUCGCUCGUGAAAGCCUGGCUCGGCAGCUAUUAUGUCCAUCAUGAUACGUGUGGGGGAUUCAUUUGCUUUGGGUUGGCAACAGAAUAUAAUUUGUGUAUUAUUAUUAUUUUUUGUUUCAGUUAGCUCUAUUUUCUUUCUUACGUUGGUGUCAAAACGCAAGCUUGCUAGCUCGGUUUCAUUCUGUUGAUGUUUGCUCCUUUCACAGUCAACAUUGCUCGUUCUGCUUGUUUACCGCGACACACACGCCGUUUGGCAUUGUGUUGCCUUGUUGGUGUCUUAAAUCAGCGUCAAGCGCUUGCUGCUUAUCACCUUUCACGCUUGGAGUCUCAUUCCUGCCAGGGAAACACAGGACACAAAGUGUUUUUUUUUUUUUUUUUUUUAAAUUAAGUAAUUUUCUGCUGAUGCAGCCCCGCAACAACAAGCAGCAAGGGGGACAUUAUUGCUCCGCAGGCACCUUUCUGUUCCUUCCCAUUACAUGUCUUCAUAGUGUGUGUUGUUUUUGUUCAUUUUAGUUUUAUUAUACAAUGAUGAACUCCUCAGGGAUAAAUAAUACUGCAAGCGGUGAUGAACAGUCCCCCACAUUUUUUUUUUUAUCAACAGUCCUUUGGAGAAGAAGCCUCUCAAAUCUUGAAUAACUGCUUCUCAUUUUGCAAUGGAAUGGCUUGUGACAAAAUGUCCGACUUUCUGUUCAAUUUGAAGCAUAAAUCCUUGAGACUGUUUUGUGCGUCCUGUUGCAAUAGACAUGUCCACCCAAUUUUGUGUCUAUCAGUAAAACUGGUGUGGGGGGGCUUAGAUGUUUUUCUAAUUUCACAAGGAGUGCGACUGAAUGGCUCCUUUGAAACAAAAUGGCCGACUUCCUAUUCUAUUCAGUGAGACUUUUUUUGUAACAAUAGAGACAGGUCCAGACAAUUUUGUAUCCAUCAUUGAAACUUGUUUCUGUGGCUCAUCUUUUUUCUACUUCCAAGGACGUCUGACUGAGUACGUAAUGGCUGCUUCAAAUCACAAUCGUUACUUUUCACUUUGUCGCAUGGGUCCUUGAGACUUUUUCACCCGUCCUUUCAUGGUAGACACAUCCACCGAAUUUAUUAACAUUAGUCCAUUUGUAACAUUCCAGGAUUUAUAACUUAUUAUUUAUUGGGUGGACUGUAUACAUGAACUCCUAAAAUGUGCAUAGGAUAGACACAUGCGCAAAAAUUGAUGAGGCCCUGAAAAGGCUUUUGGUAGUUUUUGUUUUUUUUGGGCAUAAAAACAAAGUAACUGAUCUGUUCUGAAUUAUAGGCGUGUGAAAUGCAAGGAGGAGGGAGGUGUCAUGCUAAGUCAUUGUGGAUGCACAGCUGCUGCAUGAUACACACACACACACACACACACACACACACACACACACACACACACACACACACACACACAUGCAUAGACAGCAGGACACAAGCCAAUGAGGCAUUUGGUGCAGACACAUUCUGUUUGUGACACCUUGUGGUGGAUGAGAGAGGUGGGGAGAGAGUGUUAGAGCGAGAGAGCAUGAGGGAGCGAGAGGAUAAGAAGAGAGGGGGAAUGAUUGGGACGAGCAGAUGAAGCGGCGUCGCAGCCAGAGAGGAGAGCUUCACUUUCCCCUUCACCCAUCCUCCUCUUCCUCACCGUCUUCCUCUUUCCCGUCGUGAGUCACGGACCUCAUUUCAGCUCAGUGGAAGAGGUAAUAACGCUACCUGGGCUUGUGGUGUUCUCGGCGAGAGCUGACAUGCAGCAUCAGGACCGACAGGGAGCAUCCUCCUCCGCAUCUUGAUUGACGGCCGAGCAUCAUCGUUCGGCGCUGAAAGACACGUUGCGGGAAUUGCCUGAGAGGCGGCAUGCUGAGGUUGAUGCGCAAGUCUGCGGACAAGAUGCGGUGCCUGAGGAAGAAAUCUACGUUGCCUCUACUGGGCUUCCUGGUCGCUUGCCUGCUGCUCUUCAAUCUCUACGUGGACAUGGACGGAUAUGUGUUGGAGGCAGAAAAGCGUCAGUUGAUGCAUCACGCUAGCUCGGAGCGAUACAUCCACACCUUCAGAGACCUGUCCAACUUCUCUGGGACCAUCAACGUGACAUAUCGCUACCUGGCGGGAUUCCCUCUGCCGCGCAAAAAAUAUCUGACCAUCGGGCUGUCGUCGGUGAAGAGGAAGCGAGGGAACUACCUCCUGGAGACCAUCAAGUCCAUCUUUGACCAGUCCAGCUACGAGGAGCUGAAGGAGAUUGUGGUGGUGGUCCACCUGGCUGACUUUGACUCGGUGUGGUGCGAGAACCUCCUGCAGGAAAUCAGCCGCAAGUUCUCGCACCACAUCAUCGCCGGCCGCCUGCUGGUGAUCCAGGCUCCCGAGGACUACUACCCGUCCCUGGACGGACUGAAGCGGAACUACAACGACCCCGAGGACCGGGUGCGCUUCCGCUCCAAGCAGAACGUGGACUACGCCUUCCUGCUCAACUUCUGCACCAACCUGUCCGACUUCUACAUGAUGCUGGAGGACGACGUGCGCUGCUCUCGUAACUUCCUGACGGCGCUGAAGAAGGUGAUCGCCUCCCGGGAGGGAUCCUACUGGGUGAUGCUGGAGUUCUCCAAGCUGGGCUACAUCGGGAAGCUCUACCACGCGCGGGACCUGCCGCGCCUGGCGCACUUCCUGCUCAUGUUCUACCAGGAGAUGCCGUGCGACUGGCUGCUUAUCCAUUUCCGCGGGCUGCUGGCCCAGAAGGACGUGAUUCGCUUCAAGCCGUCGCUCUUCCAGCACAUGGGCUACUACUCGUCCUACAAGGGUGCCGAGAACAAGCUGAAGGAUGACGACUUUGAGGAAGACGCGGUGGACAUCCCCGACAACCCGCCGGCGCGGCUCUACACCAACAUCGACGUCUUCGAGAACUACGCCGCCGCCAAGGCCUACAGCGCCGUGGACGAGUACUUCUGGGGCAAGCCCCCGUCCACCGGAGACUUCUUCGUGGUGGUCUUCAACAAGUCAGCUAAGAUCAGCAAAAUCAAAAUCACCACGGGUUCAGAGGACAGACAGAGCGACAUCCUCCAUCACGGCGCCGUGGAAGUGGGUCACAGGCGCAUGGAGGGCAAGCAGGAUGGCCAGUGCGCCUCCUACAUCACUCUGGGGGAGUUCAGAGGCGGCAGGGUUGAGGUCCAGGACGUGGACCGCAAGAUUGGUUUUGACGUGGACUGCGUGCGCGUUGUGGUGACAGCCAGUCAGAAGGAGUGGCUCAUUAUCAGAACCAUCAGCCUGUGGACCACACACACCGCCAGUCCAUUAAUCAAGUGACCAAUCAAAUCAUUAGUGCGUUCAUGUUGGACGAGAUUCCAAAAAAUAUUUUCUUGUGUAUUUUGGUCUUCAACUCUUGUUUUUUUUCUCAGUCAAGUACUAUUCCGAGUCCAUCCUUUAUACUUAAUUUUCCUAAUAUAAAAACAAAAUAUGUUCA